GUGCUGCAGUAGCGCCCUCUGACCACCAGAGGGCGGACGCUGACCGUGAUUGAGACCCGUUGAAGUUGCGCAGCAAAGGAAAGGAGAAGAAGAAGAGCACUGUCAUGGCGGCCAAGGUGGUGAUGGUGGCCGUCCCGACGGUGCUGGGAAUAGCCUCCAUCCGUGUGAAAACCAGGAACCAAGUCCCGGCUGAUGGGCUGGUGUCGAGAGAAGGGCUGAGCAUCUACGCCCCGCUGCCAGAGUCUGCCCCUGCUAGAUUCUUCCCAGAGAGUCCAGGAGGGAUAGAGAGAGGCUUAACUACGGCUAGAGAGGGCGUGCUCCCGUUGGUCCAAGCUGUGAAGGGUGCCUGCGUCUCUGUGAAAAGGGGAUGGGUCCAUCUGUACCAUGUAGGAGAGGAUGCAUAUUACUACCUAACAGACCCUCCUCCAGGGUUUCUACCCAGAUUAGGUACCAUCACCAUGGCCGGCCUGCUGGGCAUGUUCCUGGCUCGGAAAGGCUCUCGCUUCAAGAGGCUGGUCGUUCCUGUGGGUCUGAUCGGCGCCGGAGCGUCGGUGUGCUACCCGGCUCAAGCUGUGGCUGUGCUUAAGGUGACGGGUAAGAGCACGUACUCUGCAGCUCAGUGGAGCAGCUCUGCUUUGUCUUCGUUGCUGUCCACCUCCAAACCUGCUGCUGCUGGAGAGACGCCACACACACAGGCAGCCACCGGGCCGAGUCCAGAGUCUGUACUGACAGAGGAGGCGUCAGCCUCCAGUUCCACACCAGACUCCUCUUCUCAGAGCGCUGCGGUCCUGGAGAAGGAAGCGGGGUCCAGCGAGUCUGUUUCAGUCUCUGAUGAGCCGGUUGUCGCUGUCACACCAGAGGAAGAGCCAUUGGUAACACAUUUAGCAGCCUCCCAGGCCCUGCCAGAAACCAGCUCAGGUGUUUCAGGUUCUUUGGCUGCUUCUAUUCCAGUCCAAACAGAGACCUACCCUCCGUGUGAAGAGGCAGCUCCUGUGGGAAACGAGGGAGGCUCGGAUGGAACAGGUCCAGCAGGACAGGCUUCUACCGACACGAGACCGGCUGAGCCCACAGUGAGCGUAGAGCCGGAGACCGUUCCAGACCCGUCUGCGGAGGAGUUUGUUCCUCUUUCUGAAGACCCGUCAUCUCCCGAGACUUCAGACAUGCCAACAGUACCCUCUGAGCCUGAACCUGAGUCCACUGACCUAGGAUCAGUUCCUGGGGAGGGGACGCCACCCCCUCCUGCUCAGCAGCCCGCUGCCGAAAACAGCAAAGAGGGCUCUGGUUACAAGCCCAACCCAGCUCUCAUGGACUUCGGCCAGUCCAGCCCCGAGGACGAAGACCUGUACAGCACUCGCAGCUGAGGGACCACCGCCUCAUUCCCACACUGCCGUCGCGUCCAACCAUUAUGCAGACAAGCAGUCUUAGAAACGCUUUAAUCAACGUUUCCAUCGUGGUUUCGUCUGCCCACGUUGCCACAGAAAACAGCCAAGAACAUUUGCAUCUUCGAGUUCUGGUUCAGAUGAAUGGAUGUGUUUGUGUAACAGUGAAAACCUGGAGAAAGAAAAACAACACGUACAGAUUUGUGAAACCGUUUCUGUUUGUGUCACAAAAGUAAUUGCUGAUUGCUUUUGCUGAAUCUUUCCAAGUAAAGACCACAUGGUGCUCUUAUUUAUUGUAAUGGAGCCCGGUUUGUGGGGACAUAUGGUGAUGGUGGCAGGGAUGGACUGGGACUGCGCCAUUUUGCCCAGUUGUCUUCACUUGUUGAUUAAGAAUAAAUCCAAUUAAAGUCUAUUUUUCUUGAACUCACA